UUUAGUCUAUAAGAGGUUUAGCUCCUCCACAUUCAGAAGGGAAUUUGUGGUUCAUUUAUUGGCAAGGAGAACCAUUGGUGAGGAAAAGACUAAUAAAUCUUUACCUUAUUUUCCAGAUGAACAGUCCUUCCAUUACUUCAGCAUGGAGUAAGAAAACACUUCCCAAACCCACAGAAAUCUGCUGACUUCAGCAGUAAGAGCACAGCCUGUGCACCGCCCUGUGCCACAGCUGCAGCCUUGGGGCUUCUCUCUCCCCCUGCCUAGCGAGCAGGAGCUGGGUUGGUGCACACAGGGAUGCUUCAUGGCUUCCCUGGGUACAGCACCAGAAACAAAACACUACUGUGUUGUACCAGAACUUGCUUCUGUUGGGUUUCAGUCUGGCAGCAGUAGGAAAGCUGAUUUUGGGCCACUUAGGAACUAUUCCAGAAAGAAUCGAACUCAAGGUAAAUCACUAAGUAUAUCCAGUGGUGAUUAACGAUCUGUGUUACGAUACUUUUUCCUGGUGAGGCAUUGAGGCCAAGUGGGUCUUCAGCUCAAGGCUUCCACCAUCAGUCCUCCCACCUACAUCCUUCUGCAGUGUCUCAGCCCAGAAACAAAUAGGAAGCAAGAUUUCUCCUGCAGCCAUCAUGUUUUUCAGAAGCGAGCCAUUGUGACGGGGUGUGUAGCCAAGCCCAAACUGUGAUUUAUACUUGGUGUCUGGGGGGCUGCCUUCAGACAUUGCAGAUGUGGCUGGUGGGCUUUCCAGCUCCCUGUCCUUGGGCACCAAGUGCUAGCUUCUCCCCUUCUCAGUCAGCGCUUAUGAGAAAUCAGGUUACUGCUUUGUGUGCGAUGCGUUCUGGUAACAGCUAGACCCAGAGACCUGUCCCUGUCAGGUUUAUUACCAGCACUUCACGUGCUUUCCUCCUCCCAGGGACCCGCAGGAGCCUGUGCUUGCUGCAGCCCCAGGCAGAGGCACUUUCAGGAACUCAGCUCUAUGGAUAAAACAUCUCCUCUUCACUUGAGAGCAUCCUUGAGUGAGAGCACCGCAGCGCCUUUUAAAAGCUUUAUCUACCUGGAGGAUUUCCAGAAAGUCUCUUACGUACCUCUGUCCUCCUUCUUUCCCCCUCCCUCCUUAAAUCUUACCAAGCAGAUCCAUAUCAUUAAUAUUUCAGUACCAGCUGUUCGCAGGCAUUGGCUACUCUGCAGUGCACUUAAUCAAUAAGAGCCGGUGAAGGCUGCGAGGUUUGUCACACCAUCCUCCUCCAGCAGAGCAACCGGAGCAGACACAGAGCCUGGCAGGAGAGGCAAGAUCUAGCGAGGGCAGGGUUGCUGACGGCAGGACCCCUCCUGAGGAGCCGCUUGCUGCUGCCCCGCACCCAGCUGGUACCCAGGGCAGCCAGAAGGAUGGAUGUCUUUAAGAAAGGGUUCUCCAUCGCUAAAGAAGGUGUGGUGGCUGCUGCAGAAAAGACCAAGCAGGGAGUGACAGAGGCUGCAGAGAAGACUAAAGAAGGUGUGAUGUACGUAGGUCACCCCAACACCCGGUUCCUGCGCUGCCUAGAGCAUGAGAGUACAUGUCGGGAUGGUCGGAUGCUCCAGGUAUCAUCCAUCUGCAGAGUUCUCGCUUCCCAGGCCUGCUCACCCUGGUGCCAAUGGCUGCACCUGGCACAGCUUUCCUGUCCUCCACAUGUGGGGGGGUCAGGUAGCACGAAAGUUGGUGAGCAGGCUCCUCCAUUACCGUGCCACACUACCCACAGCUGUGUGCAGCUGCUGUAUUUAAAACAGCUAUAUUGGCAAAAGCUGUACGUGUAGAGACAGAUUUAAAUUAGAGAUGAAAUAAAUACAAAAUUCCUGUGCAGCUGCCCUGGUUAUGUCUUCAUCCUGAAUUUUUUAACACUCAGCUAAUGGUAUGCUGCAAAUGAACACGUAACAGCUCACAUUUCAGUUUGAAGCUGACUCACAAGCAAAAGGCACAGAGCAUCUCUGUAUGUAAGUGAGGCAGCCGCAGGAGCUGACAUGCCAGCCUGGAAAUGCUGUGUCCGAGUGUCAGACUGCGACACUGCUCCUGCUCCGAGUGAUGUUAGAAAGGAACCUUCCAGAUUUGUGUACCGAAUUCCUUGCAUCUCCUUAGGGCAGUGUUUCACAUCUCCAUAUUCUGACCUGGUUUUCAUUUUCUCCUGCUGCGGGGCGAGCCACGGAGCCUGCUCAGGAGAUUUGAGCUCCUUACUACGGUUUCUAAACGCUUUACAAUCUGAACCGUGGAAUGAGGACCAAGUAGAGGUGGAGAUGACGAGGGGUUUUGGUACAGCCCCGGUUCAGCCCUGCCACACCCCAGCCCGUGCUCUGCGCUGGGUCUUUCAGGGACACGACGAGUGGCGGCAGGCGCUGGGAACGCUCAGAGGGGCAAGGGAGGUGGAGGCCGAGUACGCUCAUUGCAACGGAGCCGAGUGUAUCGAGCCAGCGUGUCUCACGCUGUGCCGCACGAAGGGUGGAUGAGGGCGCUGUCCCGGCAGCUCGCUCUGCAGACACCGGAGGAAAAUGCUGCCGCCAGGCCCCGGAGGUGCUGUGGCACCCAGCACGCUCCUCUAGCCGCCGAGGUGGGGCGGGGGGAGCUGUUGGCUCCGCGCACCGCAGCAGCGGGAGAGGACCGAGAAGCGAAGGGCAGCGGAGCGGCUGCCGGGCGGGGCCGGGCUGAGUCAGCGGGCGCGGCCGCGGGGCCGGGCUCGGGCCCGUUGCGGGCUGCUCGUGCCGCCCGUCGGCAGCGGGGCGUUUGUUUCCUCUGCGGGGCAGCUCCGCGCCGCCGGCGGUGUCACCCCCUGCAGCGGAACGCGGCCCCGGGGGCGGCUGAACCCAAAACCUCGUCAGUCGGUACCAAAACCAAGGAAGGUGUAGUGCAGAGCGUGACCUCAGCCUCUGACAGCAGUGAGAUGACUGACUUUCUGUUGUUGAAAUCCCAGUUGCUGAGAAGACUAAGGAGCAGGCCAACGUGGUGGGAGAGGCAGUGGUAGCCAGUGUGAACACGGUGGCCAGCAAGACGGUAGAAGGAGC